CUUCGGUUGCAGCAAUUUUCUAGCUGUGACAAAACUAAAAACCUGCACCGUUAGACUAGUAGACUGAGAGAGGAGUUGAGCUGAGCUAGCGAUGGCCAUGGAGACGGAGCAGCCACUGCCCAUACUCCUGUCCGCCGAUUCAGUAGCCGUCCUGGCCGUGGGCACCCUUCUUGCUCUUGCCCUGAACCACUUGGUCUCGUCAUGGCGAUCUGCUCGUCGUCUUCCCCCGAGCCCGCCGGGCCUCCCGGUGAUCGGCCACCUCCACCUGCUGCGGCCGCCGGCGCACCGCACCUUCCACGAGCUCGCGGGAAAGCUCGGGCCCCUCAUGCACAUCCGCCUCGGCUCCACGCACUGCGUCGUGGCCGGCUCGGCCGACGUCGCUAGGGAGCUCAUCCACCGCCACGACGCCGCCAUCUCGGGGCGGCCGGUCACGGCGCUGGCCCGGCUCUUCUCCUACAGCUCCGCCGGCUUCGCCUUCACCCCCUACAGCCCACGGUGGCGCUUCCUGCGGCGGCUGUGCGUGUCCGAGGUGCUCAGUCCGCGCACCGUCGAGCAGCUGCGCCCCGUCCGCCGCGCCGCCCUGGCGCCGCUGCUGCGGGCCGUGCUGGCGGCGUCGGAGCGCGGCGAGGCGGCGGACGUCACCGGCGAGCUCGUCCGGUUCGCCAACGCGUCCAUCAUCCGGAUGGUCGCCAGCGACGCGCCGGGGAGCGUCGCCGACGAGGCGCAGGGCCUCGUGAAGGCGGUGACGGAGCUGAUCGGCGCCUUCAACGUGGAGGACUACGUCCCCCUGUGCCGCGGCUGGGACCUCCAGGGCCUCCGCAGUACGGCCGCCGGCGUCCACCGGCGAUUUGACGCCUUGCUGGAGCAGAUGAUCAGGCACAAGGAGGAGGCCAGGGAGCGUGGCCGCAGCUGCGGCGCGAUUUAUGAGCUUGAGCACGAGCAGGAGGACGAGAAAGGGUCGGCGCCGGCGACACGCAAGCGCAACAAGGACCUGCUGGACAUCCUGCUGGAGAAGGCGGAGGACGAGGCGGCGGAGGUGAAGCUCACCAGGGAGAACAUCAAAGCCUUCAUCACUGACGUGGUGACCGCGGGGUCCGACUCGUCGGCGGCCACGGUGGAGUGGAUGCUGGCAGAGCUGGUGAACCACCCGGAGGUCAUGCGCAAGGUGCGGGAGGAGAUCGACGCGGUGGUCACCGGGGACUGCAGGAUCGUCGGCGAGGCCGACCUGCCGAGGCUGCCCUACCUGCAGGCGGCGUUCAAGGAGACGCUGCGGCUGCACCCGGGGGCGCCGAUCGCGCACCGGGUGUCGACGGCGGAGAUCUCCGUCCGUGGGUUCAUGGUACCGCCGCGGACGGCGGUGUUCAUCAACGUGUGGGCCAUCGGCCGCGACCCGGCCUUCUGGGAGGACCCGACGGCGUUCAGGCCGGAGCGCUUCAUGCCCGGCGGCGCCGCAGCGGGGUUGGAGCCCCAGCCCCGCGGCCACCACUUCCAGUUCAUGCCGUUCGGCGGCGGCCGCAGGGGGUGCCCCGGCGUGGGGCUCGCGCAGCAGUCCGUGCCGGCGGUGCUCGCGGCGCUCGUGCAGUGCUUCGACUGGGCGGUUGCUGAUGGCGAGACGGGGUUGGUCGACAUGGAGGAGUCCGACGUCGGGCUGGUGUGCGCUCGCAAGCACCCGCUUCUGCUCCGUCCCACCCCUCGCCUCAACCCGUUCCCGUCAGUCGUCUAGGCUAGCUCGAGUUGCCUCUUGCCGAACAUGGAUAUUUCGCAUAUGCAUACCACCACAUGGACUACCCGAGCCAUUCAUCUUUGAAUCAAUAGUGAAAUGGAUCAACGUUGAAUGGAGAAAAACCAACUGAGAUAAACCAUCGGUCACAUGUACAUGUGAUUUUGCAUUUUCCGCCUCUUGUCUGCAUGCUGGCUGGCUUGCUGAUCUAUCUUCUAUACAAUGCUAUCGUAUGCAUGCUCCUGUAAAUCUGUAAUGUAUAUAGGGGUAUUUUACGACGCAAUACCCAUUAAGCUAAAAAAAAAAGAAGAUACCAUUUACCAUC